AUGCCUCCGAUUUCUGGUCAGUCACUCCUUGUUAUUGGCGGCUCGUCUGGCAUCGGUGCCGCUGUCGCCAGAUUAGCUGCCGAGCAAGGCGUCCGCGUGUCCAUCGCGUCGUCCAAUCCCACCCGGGUGGCCAACGCCGUCACAAAAAUACAAUCGCAGGCGUCAAUCCCUGACACGCACAUCCGGGGAUUCACCAUCGACCUUUCCCUGCCCGAUGUCGAGCAACGCCUCGAGAGACUCCUUACGGAGACCACGGCCGACUCCCGGCUCGACCACAUUGUUGUCACCGCGGGUCGAGCGGCAAUGCUGCCCAUUACAAGGACCGACCGGGAGUAUAUGCUUGGUCAGGCCCAGCUGACCCUUGUCGUCCCCGCAUUGCUCGCCAAACUCGCCCCGCGUUUUCUGAAGCCGAGUUACACCUCGAGCCUCGUUUUCUGCGGUGGCCGGCUCGGUGAGAAGCCCAUCAAGGGAUGGCCGGCCGCCGCUGCUUACGCGGCCGGGCUGGACGGGUUGACUCGCGCGCUGGCGCUAGACCUCGCUCCUCUCCGGGUCAACGUCGUGCACCCUGGUGCGACGGAGACAGAAAUCUGGGGGCCCACACCGGAGCAGCGGAGGGGGACGAGGGAGUUCUUUGCUUCGACGGCGCUGCUAGGCAAGGUCGGGACACCAGAGGAGGUGGCUGAGGCGUUUGUCUAUUUGCUCAAGGAUUCGAAUAUUACGGGCACCAGCCUGCAUUCAAGUGGAGGCGUGCUGGUGCAGUGA